GCAUCUCUACCUCUUCUGACAACAUUCUGCAAAUUCGCUCAGCUGUUUCUUUUGAUUGUUUAGUUUUUGACUUUUUGUUUCUGUAGUUUUGGAUACUAUUUUAUUAAAAAUUUAUUGUAUUUUUUCUAAAAUAAAAAUAAUUGCGAGCGAAAUAAUGGCGGAACUACAGGAACAACAAGCUGAUGAACGAGAAGCACUGCUAUCUAUAUACGAAGGUGACAUAAACUUUAAACAGGUUGACGCAAACACUUUUCAGUACAAGUAUGGCGAAGAUGAUCACUACAAAUCGUUUUUGGUAGAAAUUAAAUGGACUGAGAAAUAUCCGGAUGAAUUGCCGAACAUCAAUAUGGAUACCUUCUAUAAUCGCAAUUUAAUACCCGAUGUUAAAAAGAAAAUUCAACAAGCAUUGACGGAAGAGGCGGAACAGUGGUUGGGAUGUGGCAUGACUUACACGUUGUUUGAAUGCCUCAAAGAUCGGCAUGAUGAUUUAACUAUUGAUCAGCCUGAGCAUGUGCCAACGCAAUCAAUUGAUCUUGAAAGCAUUGGCGUUAGUGCACUAAAGAUCUCAGACAAUGCAGAUGCUAACAAGAAAAAAGAACCAAAAAAAGAGCAAUUAACAAAAGCUCAAAAACGUCGUCAAUGGGAGCGCACGGAUCACAAAGGCGACAGGCCACGUGGCUGGGAUUGGGUGGAUAUUGUAAAGCAUCUCUCACAAACCGGUAGUAAAGAUAGCGACGAAGUGAGCACCUCAAUGAGUAGUGCGAAUGUUGGUGUGGUUGCGGGGAGUGCACUUUUGCAGCCGCUUAAUAUAUAAAAAGUAGAUUCAUAUUUUUUUUUAACUAUGAUUUUCCCAUAAUCAAGUACAUAGCAACAUUCAAAACAGAUGGGCAACAAAUUAGAGUUUAAUAAAAAUUUAGCUUCAACUGGAAUAAAUAGAAAAAAGGUUUUAAGUGAAUUCAGUGUGUAACAAGCUUUUUAGUGGUAGAUAGGCUCAAAACAUUGUGAUAGGGCUAUCUCAUCUUUUAUCUUUUUGUUAAAACUACAUUAUUUUGAAAUGUAUUGCUUUUGCGAAAGAAAUACACAUUCAUAUUUCAUUAUUACA